CCAAAGAUGUCUCUCCUUCGAAAUCAACAAAGCAAUGUGAUCAGAUGAGCAAAAAACUCUCGUGGCUGCUGCGGCACGGAGCUCAAAGCAGGGGCAUUGCCAUCCAAGCCGAUGGCUUUGUAAAUAUCUCCGACAUACAAUCGCGCCCGCAGUUUGCGCACUUUAGUCUUCAAAAGUUGCAGAAAAUUGUAGCUAGCGAUGCCAAACAACGCUAUACUCUGCGCUGGAACGAGGAGCGCAAAUUCCAUGAGAUACGUGCCAACCAGGGACACUCGUUGGCGUCGGUGCAGGGCGAAGCGUGUCUGGAGCGCAUUUCGAAUGCCGAGCAGGUUCCUCUGGCUGUCCAUGGCACCUAUUACAGGUGCUGGGAGUCAAUCAAAGCGCAAGGAUUGGGCCGCAUGCAGCGGAACCAUGUGCACUUUGCAGUCACCGAUGUGGGUGAGGUUCUGAGUGGUUUCCACAGCGAUAGCCAAAGUUGA